CCAAACUUUCCAUGUCCAUUGCCGCCGUUGCCCAGCCAUGACCGACGACAAGGGACAGCCACCGCCAGCGAAGCCACUGACCCCACAAGACUGGGAGCUUCUCAUCGACGACUUCCAGAACGGCGGUCCACUCUUCCAGAAAUGGAACUCCGACCAUCACCACCCAAACCUAAUCCAUGCCCUCCUCGACCAUUGCCUCUCGUCUCUUCUCAAGAAGGACUUCCCUCUCAAGCUCCCACUCCUCAUCCUUCUUGAAGAGUUGUGCGAAACGUUUUUCACUCAAGAGUUGCAGUUGGAUCGCCUCCUCGAGCUCCUCCGCUCCGUCGUCCAAGCUCCUCUCGAUGGGAUCACCAUGACUUUCGCGUUGAAAGAACAAUUCAUGGUCUCCGUUACUUCAAUUUUCAUCUCCGUCGAUGCUCUCGACCGAUUCCCCCCACGGCAGACCGAGAGUUUGGUCGAAUUGCUCCUGACGGUUAUCAAUCGGCCGAACCACGGCGUCGACCGGCAAACGCGAGCGAUUGCCAGCGAGUGUUUGCGGGAGUUAGAGAAAUGUUACCCUUGCUUGCUGUCAUCGAUCGUAGGGCAUCUGUGGAGUCUGUGUCAAAGUGAGAGAACUCAUGCUUGUCAAUGUUAUAUGUUGUUGUUUGCUGUUGUUGUUUAUAAUAUCGUUGAUAGGAGGCUGAAUGUCUCUAUUACGAAUACUUCUGUUCCGUUGGUUCCGUUUAAUGUCCCUCAGGCAGUUUCGGGAUCGGAUUCCAGUUAUAUUAACAACAAAGAGGUCUCCUCCGGUUUGAAUUUUAAGGAGCUGAGGAAGGCAAUGGCGUUCUUACUCGAGUCGCCUCAGGUUUUGUUCACUCCAUGUGGAAUGAUGGAGUUUCUGAGUUUGAUAAUGCCACUUAGUCUGGCUUUGGAGUUGCAGCCCUCCAUGUUGAAGGUGCAGUUCCUGGGAAUGAUUUAUUCAUUUGAUCCAUUGUUGUGUCACGUUGUCUUGGUGAUGUAUUCUCAUUUCAUGGAUGCAUUUGAUGGACAAGAGGAGGAGAUUGUGGGUCGGCUGUUACUAAUUUCCAAAGAAACCCAGCAUUACUUGAUAUUUAGAUUACUUGCCCUUCAGUGGUCACUAGGAUUCUUAAGUAGAUUGGUUUUCAGUAAAGGAAUGCAGAAGUAUCGAUCAGUUAUUGACAUGGGCAAGAAAUUUCAUCCGGAUCUAUUUGAUCCACUUGCACUGAAAGCCCUGAGGCUUGAUAUGCUGGCCUUUUGGUCUAUAUGCCUUGACAAUUCUAAAACAGAGAUUGGUUCUGAUGAGAAGCUAGGCCCUGGAACCUCUGUGGUGAAGCUAUUUGAGAUGGGGCUGGUUUCUGUUUCAUCAUUUAGAUGGUUACCUCCAUCCAGCUCCGAGACUGCAGUUGCAUUCCGCUCAUUCCAUAAGUUUUUGAUUGGAGUUUGGUCUCCUGGUGAUGUUUAUCCUUCUGAAUCUACAAUGACGAGGGAAUCUAGGGCGUUCGGUUCAUUACAGGGGAUGUUAGUGGACAUGACAUUGGGUUAUCCCAAAUUGGUCCCAGUAAUUGCUUCAUUUGUCGACCGGUUGUUAGCCUGUGAAAGUCAUCACUACUUGGGAGAGCUCCUGCUUCAGAAAACUGAUCAGUGUUUGCUUCCGAAAUUGAGAAUAGAUUAUAAAUUGGUUUCAUACUUCCCCAUAUUUGAUCGAAUUGCAGAGAACAAAACGAUACCUCCUUGUGGGUUAUUGGACGUGCUUAUCAAGUUUGUGAUGUUCCUUGUUGAGAAGCAUGGCCCUGAUUCUGGAUUGAAAUCUUGGUCGCGGGGAAGUAAUAUUCUCUGUAUUUGCCGGACUAUGCUAAUGCAUCACAAUAGCUCUAGGCUGUUCCUUGGGUUAUCUCACCUACUUGCAUUCACUUGUCUGUACUUUCCUGAUCUCGAGGUCCGUGACAAUGCAAGGAUCUACUUGCGGAUGCUAAUCUGUAUCCCGGGUUUGAAGCUUAGAAGCAUACUCAGCUUUGGUGAUAAGCUCCUGAGCCUUGCACCAUCCCCACUUUCCAAUUCGUUCUUCAGCGUUCAGUCUCCUCGGCAUCAUCCUACCAUCAAGCAAUGCCAGAACAUCUCAUCCUAUAUUCAUCUAGAGCGAACAAUACCGCUGCUUGUUAGGCAAAGUUGGUCCUUGUCUUUAUCUCCUCUGGGUUUUGGGGGUAUGAAGCCUGAUUUCUUGCUGGGGUCAACAACUGAUGGAGUCCCUGCUGCCUCAAGGGAGAACGACAGUGUUGUAGUAAUAUCUUCCUCUCUAUCAGAGAGCACUAGUUCAACAAUCAACUCUUCACAGGAGACUUUACGGGUAAUGGAUGCAAAGAUAUCUGAGAUCUUGGGAACACUCAGGAGGCACUUCUCUUGUAUUCCUGAUUAUAGGUACAUGUCAGGGCUUAAGGUAAGAAUACCAUGCUCUCUUAGAUUUGAAGCUAAGACAUUCAAUCGCAUAUGGGGAGGAAAUGAUUCCUCUACAAAUCUUCCUGCACUUUAUGCAACUCUGCUGAAGUUCUCUUCCACUGCGCCAUAUGGUUCUAUUCCAUCAUUUCGCUUACCCUUUCUUCAAGGCAAGCCCUCCAGAAGGGAACCUAUUCCUUCUGAUUACACUGCACUGGACAUUGUACCAGCUGGGGAAUCAUCAUAUCCCGAAGAUGAAAAAAGCUUCUGCGCACCUGUAUCAAUCGAUUUAGAACCACGGGAACCAACUCCUGGUCUAGUAGAUGUUUUUGUUGAAGCAAAUACAGAGGAUGGUCAAAUUAUCAACGGCCAGCUUCAGAGCAUCAUGAUAGGUAUAGAGGAUAUGUUUCUCAAGGCUAUUCCUCCCCAUGACAUCCUAGAAGACGAUUUGGCACUUCCUACAUAUUACUCGAAGUUGUUUGAUGCACUUUGGGAAGCAUGCAGUGGUUCUUCCAGCAUAGGGCGGGAGGUAUUUUCGUUACAAGGAGGCAAGGGUGCUGGUGCAGCAGCUGUAGUUGGUACUCGUUCGGUGAAGCUGCUUGAGGUUCCUGCUGAUUUGUUGAUCCAGGCUAUUGAGCAGUAUCUCGCACCAUUUGUUGUCAGUGUGGUUGGUGAACAGCUUGUUAACAUGGUGAGGGAUGGUGGAAUCAUAAAAGACAUUGUGUGGAAGGAUUACGUUCCAGAUUCUGUUUCAGAUAGCUGGGGCUCAGUUACUGGGUUUGAUACAGGUCCACUCCAUCUUACAUACACCGAUGAUGAUAAUGACAACGACAAGAGAAACAAUAUGAUUGUUCCAACCGCUAGCUUAGGUAGAAGAAAUAUAGGAACUAUUCUGGUGCUGAUAUUUCUGCCACCUAGGUUCCAUCUCCUUUUCCAAAUGGAAGUUAGUGAUCUGUCGACACUAGUUCGAAUUAGAACAGAUCACUGGCCGUGCUUAGCUUAUAUCGAUGAUUACUUGGAGGCUUUAUUUUUGACAUAAAAGGAAAGUUUCUAAGGGACGGCAGGGGGUUGAACUGAAAUGCCAGUCUUGUGUUUAGUGCUGUUGCUGUAAAAGAUUCGCUGGAUUUUUCUAUUGUUGGUUCAUUCUUUCUUCGGACAUAAUUCCAUUGAACACCGUGCCAACUACAAAAGUUAAUUGGCUAACUUGAAGAUUUGUUAGUAGAUAUUAACUGAUAUCUAAAAUACACGAACUAUUAUUCA